UGCGCGCUGCGCGCUUUCUCAACAAGCUCAGCGGUUAAAUGAAGCGGAGAGGAGGAGCUGCUUGUCAGAACAAACUUGCCUGUCAGUUGUGAGUGUGACAACAACGUGAGAGGAAGCUCGCAGCUUCGGAGCAUCUUUUGCAAACCAAAACCACCAGAGAAAAACUUUUUUUCCCCCCUCUUUUGGAUUUGUGUUUUCGUGAAGAAUGCGGAUUUUUAAUUUCGUGCGUAAAAGAGACAUUUGGAGACGAUGGAUUUGGUUACUACUGUGGGAUCUGAAGAAAGCACAUGAAUGGAAAGUGUCACUACUUCGGAAGUAAGAAACAAGUCAUUGCUUCGUGUGAAACUGUGAAAAAAAAAAUCCUUGCAGAUAUGAACAACUCGACAACAACAACAACAACAACGGACAGAUUUAAACCUGUCACCAUCCCGGUGAUUAUGUUCAUUUUCGGGGUGGUGGGAAAUGUCAUUGCCAUUGUGGUUCUGCGAAUAUCACGAAAAGAACAGAAAGAAACGACUUUCUACACUCUUGUGUGUGGCCUGGCAGUCACAGACCUGCUGGGCACCUUGCUGGCCAGCCCCGUCACCAUCGCCACCUACAUGAAGGGCUCCUGGCCGGGAGGUGAGCCCCUGUGCCAGUACGCCGGCUUCAUCCUGCUCUUCUUCUUUUUGGCUCAGCUCAGCAUUGUUUUCGCAAUGUCCGUGGAGAGAUACAUGGCAAUAAACCACGCAUACUUCUACAAUGAGUACGUCAACCAGAGACUCGCUGCGCUGACGCUUUUGGCCAUAUACAUUUCCAACAUCGUGUUUUGCGCGCUGCCCAGCCUGGGGCUCGGCGAGGUGAAGCUCCAGAACUCGGGGACCUGGUGCUUCAUCGACUGGCAGAACAACGACACGACGGUCAAGACUUUUAAUUUGAUGUACGCGGGUGUCAACUCGGUCAUCGUGCUCGCCACUGUCAUUUGCAACGUGAUGGUGUGCGGCGCGCUCAUCCUGAUGCACAAGCGCUUCAUCCGACGAACGUCUCUGGGCACGGACCAUCGGCGCAUCGCGGAGUUCCGGCGCAGACGGAGUUUUAGACGAUUAGCUGGAGCAGAGAUCCAGAUGGUGAUUCUGCUUAUAGCUACCUCCGCUGUGGUUCUCAUCUGUUCCAUACCUUUAGUGCUGAGGAUAUUUGUGAAUCAGCUGUACAGAAACCAGAAUCAGAAGUUGCAUGGUGACCUGCUGGCCAUCCGCAUGGCCUCCAUCAACCCCAUCCUAGACCCCUGGGUCUACAUCCUGCUCAGAAAGACAGUGGUUCUCAAGCUGAUGGAGAAAAUCAAAUGUCUGUUCUGCAAAAUGGGCGGGCGUGGACGAAGGGGCGGUGGGCAGUUCCGCUGUGCCGACGGCCACCUCUCCUCCUCCAUCAUCUCCCGGGAUUCCCCGUCACUGGUGUCCCGUGAGCUGCGGGAAAUGGUGAGCACCUCGCAGACCUUCCUGUACCCGUCUGAGAGCCUGGGCUCGUCUCGGGCAGGGGCACUGAGCGGCUCCAGCCCGCCAGCUGGACAGACGUUACAAGACCCCCAGGAGGUCGAGGGGCCUCUGAGGGGACUUUCACAGAGCGAUUUAGAGAACAUAGCGCCAGGCCGGACGCUGAAAGAUCUCCCAGUCUGCCCCAAGGACCCAGCUCUGCACGUGACCUUCACAGAGGAGACUGCAAACCUCCAAGAGAAAUGCAUAUAAGCAUCAGCGUGAUCUGAGCUGUACUAAGACUGUCACGGGAUAGAAAACGGGAACAAGUGAAAGUACUGCAAUGAGAACGAUAAGCAUUUGCAGGAUGAAUAAUCAUUCAUCAGUCUGUAGAUGUGUCACAGACAGCUAACAAAACGACAGAUCUAUUACUGAAUUAAAUAUCCAUUAUCAAUGUAUUACUCCUCUGUAGUAAUUAACCAUAUCUCUAAAUACACUUCAAUACAAUCACCAAAGUUUUAUCACCGAAACCAUAGAGAACAUUAUAGAGGAGCUCUUCUGUUGCACUUUUUUGAAUGUUUAAACCACUGCCAGGCUGUUAGAAAUGUUGGUUUUGUAGCAUUUUGACAACCUGCACAAUGACUGUAAAGAAUUCAUGUUAAAAUGUGAACAAUGUUGUGUGAUGUUAAUUUAUUUGAAGUAUGAAAUUGUACGUUAUUGUCUUCUCUGUGAGAAGGUCCAGAUAGUUUGGAGCCAUUUUAAAUCGGUACAAGAUGAAUAUGUUCAUAGUGUUGUUGUUUUUUGUUUUUUUUCUUCUGGUAUGUAAGGACAUUUGCAAGUAAUUUGGUCCACAGAGCAGCUCGAACAUCAAAGCUGGAUUCCAACUAUCCCUUGCAUUUCAUAACCAAAGGCAGCUAUACUGUGGCUUUUCCACAGUGCAGACACUGGAGGACGUUAGGAGGCCUCUUAAAGUCAUUUGUUAAUGUAAAAUUGUUCAUUUACUCCGUUCAGCCCAUUAGUUUGCAAGAAUCAAUCCAGCCUCAUCUUAUUUCAGCUUAAUGUAAUGUAUAAAGCUUCCCAUCUAAUCAGACUUUAUAGGGGAGUUAAGAUGGGGAAUGAAAACUGAAGACAUUAAGUGUCCUGUCUCCUACCUUCAUGGGCUUUUUUUUUUUUCUUUUCAAAAAAACCUGAUGUUUCCUGUUUUAACAUGGCGUUGAUAUAGUGCUGCUAUAAAGAUUAUAUCAAAACAUGUUCAAUUUAAGCCAAAUUUACCAAAACAUGUUGACUCUCUUGUGGACUUGUACCAAACUCAUAAACUGAAAAUAAAUGAUGAAUAUUCAUAUGAAUUAA